UCCACGGUCACGCCGCGCGCUCCUUGCUGCAUCUCCGAUCAAUUACCCUACCAAGUUCAAGAACGUCUCGGGUAUAAAAAAACACAAAAAUAUCAACUCAAAUUAGGAACGAAUGGUGCCGAUCGCUCGCAUACUUAUAUAAAUAAUGUUGUGGGCGCGCGCGGCUCAAACACCCGACACACACCGAAACAUGUACGCGUAUCUCGCGCUAGCUGUUGUGCUCGCAGCCUCUGCACGCGCGGCUUCAUCGCCCCGCGACCGAUUCGGAUACGAGAGAGAAAUAGACACGAGAUAUAAUCAGGUCCCAAAACUGUUGGACUACGUGCUCAACGGAGAAUUUUUAAAUGCACAAAAGAAUCGAGCCAAACUUGUAACAAAAUUGCGACCGGAAGAAGCUGUGGUCGCCGACAAUGUGAUUUUGGAAUCGAACGUGGUGAAGAUCGUAAAACCUGCGAAGAAAUCGGACAGCGGUGAGCUCGUGCGAAGGAGACGUGGCUACAAUUUGGAAAAUGUGAUAGUUCCCGCUAGAUAUCCUUAUCUUCCAGUAGUACGGUAUAACCGUUUCCGCCGGUGGGGCUAGUGGCAUCGGGUUGCCGCACCAUUAAAUGUCAAGGCUGCAUGAAGCUAAUCAACAGCGGGCCAUGGCUCGAGCCGCCGAGCGCAUCCAGCGCGCAAGAUGUCGCGAACAGACUUAUUGACUUAUUAUGAAGUGGCUGUGAUCGAAUGUUAAAGUUAUGUUGGCGGUGUUAAAGGCUUCGAUUGAAAAAGUUGCAAGAGACGGAGUGAAAAGACAAUAGUUAUUGUUAAGUGUCAUUUUAGUAAAAUAAGAUGUAAAUUAAAAAUAUAUGUUAGUACACGCUUAUUGUUCAAUUGUGUUGUUAAUUUUUCUAAACACCUAUUACUAGACUUUAUUACUUAAUAUAAAGCACUAACCGGAGCUGUUUAAAAAUUAAUGUUCUAAUCUUUCCGUGCUUCGCUUCAUUUAAUAAGACGUAAAAUAUUCAAACGAUGGAAUACCGACAUCAGGACAAACUUGAUUUUUUGAAACUUUACAUCAUCGUUUUCUUCAUUAAUUAAAAAUACCAGACUUAAUGUCUAUAAUUAGUUGCUUUAUUGCUUUGAAGUACAAUAGCACAAAACUGCUGGAAAAAAGUUGUUUCUGCCCUAGUUCGUCCCUAAAAUAUAAAGCAAUUCUGAAA